AAAGCUAUUCAUUCAAGAAUCCUGCUCCAUAAAACUACCAAGCACGUGAUCGAUCCUUCAUCGCAACAGCCAAGUAACACAAAACUGCCAUCAUCAGCCGUCAGCUACUGCGACACUCAUAAAACCCAAAGACAUAACACCUGCCAAGUGUAGUCUUGCCAUAAGCCACCACUCCCUACACAAUGCCUGCUGCUACACGAUCCCUCGAAUCCAUGGUGCUCCAAGCACACCGAGCAAAGGGCGUUCGCUAUCCUACAUCGGCACAAAAAGACUGCUUCAAGACCUGGUAUUCAUAUGCACUACGUCAAGGUGAAGCCGGGAAGGCCACCACGACAGUUCUCCAAGACCAUGGAAGGCAGCUACGCGAGAUGAGAGAAGCAGCGCCGGGAGGCAGGACGUACUUGUAAUUAUGUAAGUUGUACCAGUAUCACUGAGCGCGAGCAAUGGACUAAUGAAUGGAUAGUCGAUAUUGUAAAACACUUAAGGGUGUGUUGGCGUUUACUGGCGGCUGCUUUGACCGACUGUCUUUUGCAUAGCGACGAAAUGGCAUUUAAGUGAACAGGCUGAGUUUAUGAUACCUCUAUGCGCGAUGAAAUGAAUCGAAGUUCGAUGUUACUGUUGAAAC